AUGACCGCCAUUGUGGAGGAUUACUUGGAGAGUCCCAUGGAUACUGACGACGUCUUCCCUUGCAAAGGCUGCGGCGAGAUCCUAGAAGAGGGCAAAGCGUUCGAACUUGCUGGCAACCGAUGGCAUCUCAACUGCUUCCGCUGCAACACCUGCGGCACCCUUCUCGAUUCCGAUGCGAACCUUCUACUGCUGGGCGAUGGCUCGCUCAUCUGUAACAACUGCACCUACAGCUGCAGUGCUUGCAACAACAAGAUCGAAGACCUCGCCAUUCUCACUGGAGACCAGGCCUUCUGCGCAACGUGCUUUAGGUGUCGCAACUGCAAGCGCAAGAUCGAGAACUUGCGAUAUGCUCGAACCUCACAAGGCAUUUUCUGCAUGAGCUGUCAUGAGUCGCUCAUGGCAAGGCGGAGGAAAAAAUCCAAAGCGGCAGCCCAGGCCAAGUCGAAGGAGAAGGACGGCUCCCCCAUGAUCACAGACAAAUCGCUACCCGCCUUGCCGCCCAAUGCUAUUCCUCCGAACGCCUUCCAUGAUACCAAAGUUGACCCCGAUUCCGAUAAGGAGACUCCGACCGAGCUCUCUCCAAGACCGCGACCGGCAUAUGGUAGAAACGACUCAUCGUCAAAGAAUAGCACUCGGCCUUCGCGUUCUCCUGAGCGUGCCUCGGAGCCCACCAGGGAAAGCGGGUUGGGUCCUCCUGCUGCAAACUACCGCAACAACCGCAAUUCGGCCAUGUAUGCCCCAAGUAACAACAAUACCGAUGCUAAUGGCGGUGACGACGGUUUCUUUAUCCCAGUUGCACUGGAUAACAACCCGGCAUCGAACGGACCUCCACGAUCGACAUCAGAGAACGUGUCCAGCAUAUCCAAGAAGCAGGAUAAAGACUACUUCAGUGUGCCCCGGGCCAGCACUGAUAAAAAGGGCGAAUCCCAAUCCUCAACCCCCCAUAUUGCUUUCCAAGAGAAAGGUCGACAAUCUUCGUCUGACUACGAAUCCGGACCAGUCAAGUUGCCUUUGCGCAAGACCUCGAAAUCUUCGAGGCAUGAUGGGCGUUCGUCGGUCAUUAAUGACGAAAAGACGCAAAAGGUUACAACCGGCAAGCUUUCGCCGUCGAUUGACGAGUUCAAGUUGCAAGAAGCGCCCAAGAGCAAGAAGCUUAUUAGCCCGAGAAGUGCUUCGCACUCGGCCGCCUUGACCCCAGAGAGCGGCAGCGCCAAGAGCAGCGAGGGUGUUCUACGUAAGGACAAGGAGCCGUUCCCCAACUUACCAUCGUCCAAUUCACCUCCACGCAUGGCCCGAUCGUCUCAAGAUUCGAGACAACGUGAUGAGGGCGAGGUGCGUCCUUCGAUGGACUCUCUCUCUUCCUCGCGAACAGACACGACUGCUGGCAAAUCUAUUACUCGAAAAGAGCUUCCCUCCCGCAAUUCAAACGGCAAGCCUCUAGGACGAUCCAAUACACAUGAUGAGACAGGCCUAUCGGGUCUCGCAGCUGCGCGACCGAACAUGACUGAGCACAAGCUCAGCGAUACAUACAUGCAGCCUCGAGCACCCCCGCAACCGCCGGGUGUACCUGCUAAUACUGCCAAAUCUCUUGCAAAGGAUCAGGCGAAUGUCAACGAGGAAGGAAAGGUCUCCCCUAAGCUGCCUAGAUGGAGUGCGGGUGGCGAUUUCAGUAUGGACGAGGACAUGGCGAGAAUACUCGGCACCGACGCAGAUUCAUCGUCCAUCCUUCGCCGUGUGUCAAAUGCUGUCCGCCACGGACGCACCAACAGUACCGAGGGUGGUCAUUCUCAGCCUCAACAUCCUCAUAGAGUCACAGGUCACACGAGGAGUAUCAGCGAGACCACCCGUGGUACCGCGUCUCCUCGCUGGCCCAAGACCCCCAUCGCUGAGGACCCCAACGGACAUGAGAUCAGCAGCCCUAUUUCCCUCCACUCGAGUGACGACCCGGCUUUCCUCAAGAGGCAGUUGCGCAACUCAGAAAACCGUGUGGCCGAGUUGGAGAGACAAUUCAACACGGAGAAGGACUUGAAGCGUCUCAACAAGACACUCAUCGAAAAGCGCAAGACAGUUUCGGUGUUGGAUACUCAGACUGAGAUUAUGAUUCGUCAGCUCGAAGUCCUCGCCGGGUACGUCGAACGUGCAAAGGAGACCAAGACACCUGUAGACCCUCGCGAUCUGGAGGAUUCUGCAAUCAAGGAGUUCGUGCAGAAGCUCGACAAGGUCAAGCAGGCAAUGAGCGCAGCUAUCGAGCAACUUCACGAGGAACGCGACGAACUAGUCGAUGAGAAGAACCAAGCCAUGGCCGAUAGGGACCGCGCCCUACUGGAGUUUGAGCAGCUGUCUUCCAAGAACGCCCAGCUGGCGGACAUGAACAACGAUCUGACUCACCAGAUCCAAGAACGCUUCAAGUCUCAGAUUGGAGGCGAACUCAAGUCUCCCAACGGACUUGGCAUUUACAGCCAGAGCAAGGUCUUCUCAUCAUCCAACCUCAACCUUACCGACUCGGCGAGCAUGACCACGACUCUCGUUCAUGAGACGGAUGAGCCAGUUGUUGAGGCUCGACCUACGGUAGUCGACAUCAGGAAGGGACAGGUGAAGAAGUUCAACUGGAAGAAGGGGUCCAAGGGCCUUGCAGGAAGCGUGGCCAAGGGUGUCAACCGUGCCGUGGUAGCUUUCCAGCAGGAUCGCGAACGUGGCCCGCAUCAGGGUCUGACAGGUGACAGUAUUGGCCUGCCAUACAAUAUGACUGUUUCUCAAGUGGAAGCACCCAGUACCCAGGCUCCUGGCCCUGCCGCGCAGAGGGGCGCACAGCAAGCACAAGGAUUUGGCUUCUUCAAGAACAAGAAUAAUCAGAAGUCGAUGUCUACGACCAAUGUGUCGACGCCCACGAUCGCGGAGGCGCCUACCACCUUGUUCGGCUCAGACCUGACCGAGAGAGCCGACUACGAAAGGCGCACCAUCCCCAGCGUAGUGACACGUUGCAUUGAAGAGGUUGAGCUUCGCGGCAUGGAUAUUGAAGGUAUCUACCGAAAGACAGGCGGUAAUUCCCAAGUGAAGAUGAUUCAAGAAGGAUUCGACAAGAGCGAAGAUUACGACAUCUCAGAUCCUGGCCUGGACAUCACGGCGGUGACGAGCGUGUUGAAGCAAUACUUCAGAAAGCUGCCGAUGCCGCUGCUAACGUAUGAUGUAUACGACAGAGUCCUGGAGUCAAAUGCCAUCGCAGACCAGACUGAACGCUGCGACCAUCUUCGUAAGGUGUUCGGCACGAUGCCCCAACGACAUCGUGACUGCCUCGAGUUCCUGAUGUUCCAUCUGGCGCGGGUUGCUCAGCGGGAGCCCGAGAAUUUGAUGUCUCCCAAGAAUUUGGCGGUGGUAUUUGCGCCAACGAUUAUGCGGGACACAAGCCUGGAACGCGAGAUGACAGAUAUGCACGCCAAGAACUUGGCUGUGCAGUUUGUCGUCGAAAACAGUCACACCAUCUUUACCGAUUGA